CUCCGCGCGCUCGCUCUUGCCAAGAGACCACGACUAGAAUAUUAACAGAGACCGGCUCAGCGUCAGCCAGUCGUAUGCUAACCUCCAUCCAGUUAACAGCAAUCUCUCUCUCUGCAUCUGAAGAAAAUUCCAUUCUCAGGAAAUUUGAGAGCAAACUGAGAGAGCUUAAAACGCGCGUGCAAAUUAACGAUCGAUUCUAGUGGUACAAAUUGUUGCAUUUUAUUAUUUUCAAUUUCACUGGCAUUCAGUUGUGGCAAGAGAAGAGCGAAAAAAAUUGAUCUUGAUUCCAGUCAAUAUUCGGUGGCUAUUUAUAUCGACCGAGAGUCUUUUCCUCUAAAAACGGACAAAACCGAUAUUCGUGCAUAAAAAGAAGAAAGUCUCCAUAAGGUCGACAACUUUUCGUUUUGUGGGUUAAGUUUUUGUAUAUAUUGACAAUCGAGUCUCGCGAUUUCAUUCGGACUUAUUCCUAAAUCACUGCUCGCGCUGAGCACCUGCAGUGAAGCACAAGGAAAGACCAUCCAGUGAGUCAAGAUUAUCCACUGGCAGUUGCUUUUCGACCGUGAAAGAGUUGACACGGAGUGGUCUUGAGUGACAUUCUGUGAACACUUCACUUCACAAUUCUGCAGUUAAGAGUAUCCCUUGUGGCCAGACGCAGGAGGAAACAAUCAAGAUGAGAAAAGUCAUGAACUUCCAUAGUGUAUUAAAGUUUUUCACAUUCUCAGCAGUAUUAUUGCUAUCAGGCCAAACAAUUGCCCAAACACCAGAAACAUUCACAUUGAGUGUUUCAACGCAGGAUUUGACCGUUUUGGUGGGUGAAAAUGAGGAAUUUAUCUUGGAAUUCAGAGGAUUCCUCAAUGAGACGGGCAAAGUCUACUUCUACGAGCAACACGAUGGAUUAAUCAAUGUGACACCGAAUGUGGUUGAUUUGCUACCAUCUACCCAAACAAGAGAGUAUCCAAUUCGCGUGGAGGGUCUUCAUCCCGGUCAUCUCGAAGUCACAUCCAAUUACACGAUUGGCAGCACAAGUUUUUCCGGCGAAAAUCUAUUCGUGAGAAUAACAGUGGCAAUAUCUCAGACAAUAAUUUACGUGUCCAGCGUCGUGGGAUGGAUUUAUUUUGUGGCAUGGUCGAUCUCAUUCUACCCCCAAAUCUACUACAAUUUCCAGCGAAAGAGCGUUGUUGGUCUCAAUCCAGACUUUCUGGCCCUCAAUAUUGUGGGCUUCGUGAUGUACAGUGUCUUCAACAUGGGUCUAUUCUGGAAUUCGGGAAUCCAGGCUGAGUACUUUGAGAGAUUCCCACGAGGCUUGAAUCCAGUGCUAGUCAACGAUGUGGUCUUCUCCCUUCAUGCUGCCUUCGCGACGCUCGUCACCAUAAGCCAAUGCUUCAUUUAUGAGCGCGGCGAUCAAAGGGUAUCGAUGGUGGCGAGAGGAAUUUUGGGCAUCUUUGCCGUUGUUGUGGUCGUUUGUGCCAUUCUUGCCGGCACAAAUGUAUUUCACUGGCUUGACUUCCUCUAUGCUUGCAGCUACAUCAAGCUCACCAUCACAUUGAUCAAGUAUGUGCCUCAGGCACUCAUGAACUACCGACGAAAAUCCACUGUCGGAUGGAGUAUUGGAAAUAUUUUGCUGGACUUCCUCGGCGGCAUGCUCUCGAUGUUGCAAAUGAUGCUCAAUGCUCACAAUUAUGAUGAUUGGGAUUCAAUUUUCGGUGAUCCCACAAAAUUCGGUCUUGGUCUUUUCUCCGUUCUCUUUGACAUCGUCUUCAUUAUUCAACACUACAUUCUCUACCGGGAUCGACACAGCGGGCUUAAAGGAAAUAGCUCAAAUCUCGAAAAACUCAUUGAAGACAAAGAAAAGCAGGAAGUGGUACCAUGAAAAGUCUCUUGAGUGAUAAGAAACAAAAUGAGAAGUGCUGAGAAGAAGUUCUCAGUUCUCCCCCAACUAACACAUAAACUAAACACCACGGUAAAGUUCAUCAUUAACACACAGAUCAGAAUUGAGAAGAAGAAUUGUUAUUCAAAAGCAGGGAUAUUAAUAUAACAUCUGAAUGAUGAUGUGAGAAAGGUGAUCACGUGAUUAAAUCACAAUGGAUUUUCUUGUCUCUCCGUAAAUGAAGAAGAAGAUAAUUUUUGUGAUAGAAACAUUUUAAAAAUUAUAAUAUUGUGGAAUAGUGUUUUGCAAUUCCUACUGACGAAUAUAGUUAGAAUAUCAUUUGUUUUUUGUUCUCUUCUCCUAUAUUCUCUCUCUCAGUUCCUAAAUUGUUGCCUUUGACUUCUUACGUUAAAGAUAAGCUUUUGGGCAAAAUGACGUGUUGAAAACACUCUUUUACUCGAACUUCUUUAGACUGUAUUACAUUAAAAAUGUGGUUUCACGCUUUACUUCGAUCUUUUAGUGCUUUAAAGUUAUUUAUUUAUUUAAAAACAAUGAAAUAUUGUCUUAGAGACUCUCAAAUUCAAAUUGCUGUGCGACAAAUUGUUAUUCAGACAUACAGACUUGAAAAUUUAGUUUCUAGAAUACUGAAUUCCCUAAAAUUUUUAAUUUAGAAUACUUUUGACCAAAUAUUAUGACAUAAAACACCCAGUAAGACUUCAAAAAAAGAAAAUUCAGGCUAACUUAGAAGAAUUCCCAGUUUCUCGAUUUUAUUGUAAACCUUUAUCUAUACGACUAUGUAAGAAUGAGCUUUCAUAAAAUUUAUUCAUCUUUAUAAACUUUCCAAGACUUAUUUAACAAAUAAAUAGAAUUCAAAACAGACAAAAACUUUGUAAAUUUGUACACAAAAAAACCACCAGACAUUUUAACAAUGAGGUGAUGAAGAAAAUAAAUCAUUUCUGUAUAGAAAAAAAU